UAGAGCAUUAACCCUCCGCAUUACGCGUGGCUCAACUGCUACAUGAUCACUCUGAUCAGCUAUCCUGGCCAACUAAAUAGAUUGCAGCUCACUUACGCCACUGUGUGAUACAGAAGGGAGCUUACGACUUGGUGCUACAAGUACGUGCUGCAAAAAUCGUUUAGUACCCAGACAUUUUUGACACCUCUGACCACACAUUGACAAUAUGUCCAGCAAGAGAGUCACCAUGCCAGUGGCAGGAUUUGACCCAAUGCUGAUGACAGCCUCGGAACUACAGAAACUCCUUGAGGCACGCAUUUUAAGAAGUGUUGAAAUUGUGGAUACCUACCUGGCUCAGAUCGAAGCGCACAACCGCAGGGGCCGACAGCUCCGAGCUUUGAUAUCGGUCGCUCCUAAACACCACCUAUUGGCGAUUGCGCAGUAUCUGGACAAUGAGAGGAACGAGGGCAGGAUCCGUGGCCCUUUACAUGGUAUUCCAAUUGUAGUCAAGGAUAAUAUAAUGACCGAUCCUCGUCUCGGCAUGGAUACUACUGUCGGUUCCUACGCCUUCGUAGGUGGACGUCCGAAAAAGAAUGCUACUGUCGUGGAAAGACUUAUUCGAAAAGGAAUGAUCAUCAUAGGAAAGGCCAACCUCACAGAGUUCUGUGGUCUAAAAACACCACAGAUGCCCCCAGGCUGGUCAGCUGUGGGAGGUCAAUGUCAAUCGCCAUAUGUCUCACGCCAUAUCGCCAAGGGAAAGCUAAAAUGGGAACUUUCCGCGCCUGGAGGCUCCUCUACUGGCUCCGCAGUGAGCGUUGCGGCCGGAUUUAGCACUCUAGCAGUGGGAACCGACACUAUAGGCUCUUUGAUUACACCAGCGAAUCGAGCAUCUCUUUAUGCCAUGAAGCCAACACCCGGAAAGGUCCCAAUGGAUGGUAUAUUUUCUCUUAGCGGUACCUUUGAUAGUCCAGGGGGCAUGGCUAAGUCUGCGACGGAUCUUGUCAAUCUCAUGAACACUCUCGUGGCUCCAACUGAAUGUGAGGUCGGGUCUCCUGCAGCUGGAACAUGCUACAAGAUCAAAGAAGGCUGGGAGGGCCUCCAUAUUGGCUUCGCAGCGCCAUCAAUAUGGAAGAUGUGGCUGAAAUCAAAACGCAUAAAUGCUGAUGCAGAGAGAUAUAUGAGACAACGAUACGAAAGCAUAAUCGCCACCCUCCAUGAAGUCCACGCCUCCUUAUCCUACCCAAUCGAGCUUCCUCUCCCGGGCAGCCUCAGUCUCGACGGCCGUAACUCCUUCGAGCCCAUCGUUUACCACGAAUUCAAGGCCCGCCUCAACGACUUCCUCGCCUCCUUCACAACCACAAAAGUCCACUCUCUCGCCGAGAUCAUCAACUUCAACCUCGAACACCCCGAACUCACCCUCCCGCCCUCCUCCCCAAACCAAGACGACCUGCACGCCGCCCUCGAAUCCACCCUCACCCAAGCCGACCUCGCCCAAGCCCGCGCAAACCUCAAAUCCCUCGGUGGCGCCGCCGCCCUGGACAAGCUCUUCUCCUCGCUAGCCGUCGACAUCAUCGCCGCCCCAGGCGACAGCGCCCUCUGCAGCCUCGCCGCCGCCGCAGGCUACCCCAUGGCCGUCGUGCCCCUCGGCGCGCUCAAGCUCAACGGCCAGCCCUUUGGCAUCGCCCUCUGCGCACGCGCCCACGAGGAGGCCAAACUCGUACACUUCAUGACGGCGUACGAGAGCACGUUUCCGGGCCGGCCGUUGCCGCUGCAGCUGGACAGCGUGCCAAUGCUACGUGACGACAAGGAAAUGUUACCGGAUAAGCCGAUUGUGGAUCUGAUCUUGCACGAGUGGGAUACAAGGCGGUUUAAUUGUAGCGCGGAUGCGUUGGCGGAUUGGCUGAAUAGGAGGUGGCGGAAGAGCGGGUAUAUGCUCAGUCCUGAGACAGUGUGUGAGGUGUUGAGGGGGAAUGGGAGGGUUGCGUUUAGAGGGUUGGGAGAUCAGGAGGAGGGCGCUUUUGCGAGGUAAGGAGGUCUGACUGGACGGUGAGGUUGAGAGGGUAAAGGGGGAAAGGUCACGGGCAUUUGACAUCGCACGAGGAUUGUAUGGACUGUAUCUCAGCUCGUCGAUACAUUUGUGGAAGACUAGACUCUGAUACACUCAUAUAUCUCGCUUGGAUUCGUGUUGCUUUCAUAUCCAUGACUCGAAGUUCCAAUUUCCAAGAG